ACUUCAUUCAUAUUGCAGUAGGGCAGAGCAGAUGGCAGUGAGGCGGUGCAGAGACUCUUUUAUAAAAACACAGAAGAACUGUCUUUGAUAGAACAGUCAUAACAGUCAACACAUGUUCCGCAUGAACGAACCGGAUUGGCUACUGGAGCAAAAUCAACCCUGCACGCAGCCGACGACCGAUGGGAACUUCUAAUGGAAAUAUAACAACAUUAUUCACACUCUAAAGCCCUGCAUAUAGCCUACAUUACCUGGCUUUAUUGGCAGGUAAUGCAAUAGUGUUUUUCUCUCUGACGGGAUUGGAGGUAUUUUAUCAAAGUGUAGGCUAUUCCUUGCGAAGACAACAUGAAGGUGAAAUCUGGAGAUGAGAGUUUGAAUACUACUGGAGAAUGUGACGGAUCCAGCGACCUGCUGACUGGUAACCCUCCCUCGGGCCAGAGAAAAAAGAACAUGAAGCAGCGCUUCCUCAAACUCCUGCCCUGCUGUCAUGUGGACUCAAGCCCAGCUGUCAGGCAAAACAGCAUUGAUGAGGACUUUGAGGUUGCUACGGUGUGCUACAGGCCGGAUAGUGUGGAUAAACUGAUGGAACUUACCAAGUUCACCAGAACAGAGCUAAAAGUCCUCUACAGAAGUUUCAAAAGUGAAUGUCCCACUGGAGCAGUAAAUGAAGAGACUUUUAAGUUAAUCUUCGCUUACUUUUUUCCUCAAGGAGAUUCUAGUGCUUAUGCUCAUUUCCUGUUUGAGGCUUUUGAUCGCCGCAAGAAUGGAGCAGUUAGUUUUGAGGACUUUGUGGUUGGCUUGUCCAACAUCCUGCGUGGGACCGUCACCGAGAGACUGUGCUGGGCCUUUAGUUUGUAUGAUCUCAAUAAAGAUGGCUGCAUCACUAAAGAGGAGAUGAAUGACAUUAUGAAGUCCAUUUAUGAUAUGAUGGGGAAGUAUACGCAUCCGUAUAUGAAGGACAGUGCACCUACUGAACAUGUCGAAAGUUUCUUCAAGAAAAUGGAUCGCAACAAUGAUGGCAUCGUCACGAUAGAGGAAUUCCUGGAAUCGUGUCAAACGGAUGAGGCCAUCAUGGAGUCCAUGCAUAUGUUGGAUCAUGUAGUUUAGCUCUGUAUGAUGACAUCUGGCAAACAUUGCUGGAUGACUACCUCCAUCUUGUACCUACAAAUGACUGGUGCAAUGUGAGCAUGCCACGUUAUUUCACACCCUGAGGAUGAAAUUAUGUCUUUAAAGAUCAACUGUUAUAUGCCACUGUCUUUGCAUUUUUUAUAUAUAUAUUUUACAUAUAAUGUGAUUAGAUAUCUUAAGCCCAUUCAACAUACAAGGCACUUAAAAUGUGAAUCUUUCUGUUUUUAAUUUGUCUGUCAGUUGUACAAAAAUUAUUAAUGUCAGAUGUUAUUAAUUCAGUUGUGUUGUGUAAUACAUUAUUGUAAAUAUAUGCACAGCAAUUUACAAUUAUUAGUAUCAAUGAGAUUUGACAUGUGAACUAUGCAAAAGUGGGACUGUUGUUGGAUCGCAAUGGAGCAUAAGAUACAUUAUUAUAAAUUAAUUGAUAUAUAUAUAUAUAUAUAUAUAUAUAUAUAUAUAAUUUUUAUUUUUUUUAUUCCAUUAAUGCAGUUUAUCUCUGAUCAUAAGACGUUUGAACACUUUGACCAUGCAAUUAUUUAGACUAUCAUAAAAUUUUCAGUAGUUGAUGCAUAUUUCAUGUGAAUUUAAUGUCUCUUUUUUUUUGUCAAAAUCAGAUGUGUUUUAUUUAUUUUUUAUUUAAAAUAAAUGUAUGAUUGCUAUGCA